GGAAACGAUAAUGAAAACAAAUGUUUAAUUUAUGAUAAAAUGAAAUAUCUUAACAUAGUAUAAUUAUUUGCGAUGUAGAUGUAGUAUUAUCUGUCAAAACCGUUAUAACAGUGAGCCUUGUAGAGUGACAAAAACAAAAGAGAAAGUUUUUGUAAAAUCUAAAAAUGGCAGAGACCACCGGCGAUCAAUCUCAUUCUAUAAAGUUACCACCUGCAGUUGAAGUAUUUGCAAAUUUAAAAAACGCACAAAAAUUUGCGAUCGACGUAGGUGUUUCAUUGACUAAAAUAGCAUACUAUUCGACAAUUAGUUAUCGCAAGGCAUUAUAUGAUAACAUUGGUUUGGGAAAUACUGGAGAACGAGCAUACAAAGUAUUUGAAGGAAAUAGAUUGCAUUUUGUUAAAUUUGAAACAAGACAUUUUGCAAACUGCUUGGAUUUUGUUAAAGAUAAUUUAGUAAAUAUUGAGCAAUUUCAUGGAAAAAGUAUUAAAGUAACAGGAGGUAGAGCUUUUAAAUAUACACCACUCUUACAGGAAAAACUAGGUUUAAUAGUGGACAAAGAAGAUGAAGUACGCUGUCUAAUAAAGGGUUGUAAUUUUUUACUGAAACAUAUACCAUGUGAGGCAUUUGAAUUUGAAAGACAUGGAAAUCCUGAAUAUAAAUUUCGUAAAACAGGUCCAAAUAUUUUUCCUUAUAUGCUUGUUAACAUUGGAAGUGGAGUCAGUAUUUUUAAAGUACAAUCAGAUGAAGUAUUUGAAAGAGUUGGUGGUACAGCUACAGGUGGAGGUACAUUUUGGGGAUUAGGUUCAUUACUUACUAAUGGAAAGGGCUUUGACGAAUUGCUGCAACUUGCAGAACGAGGAGAUCACCGUAAUGUAGAUAUCUUGGUAAAAGAUAUUUAUGGAGGUGAUUAUACUUCUCAAGGAUUAUCAGGAGAACUUAUUGCAUCAUCUUUUGGAAAAGCAAUGUUUGGUAGCAAUAAUCGUGAACAACAAAAAUUCUCAGAAGCUGAUAUAGCACGAAGUCUUUUGCUAACAAUAAGUAACGAUAUUGGACAAAUAGCGAGCUUGUAUGCGACUGUACAUAACAUGGAUAAAGUAUAUUUUGGAGGUUAUUUUCUUCGAAACCAUCCUCUUUCAAUGCAUACUAUUUCUUAUUCCAUCAAAUAUUGGUCUAAUGGAAAAGUCAAACCUCUUUUUCUUCGUCAUGAAGGAUAUCUUGGAGCAAUUGGUGCGUUUUUAUAUGGUACUGAACAGCCAGAGGAAUAUAGCUGGUUAGAAAAUUAUGCUGGUUCUUCCGGUUUUAAAGACUCAAUACCUUCUAAUCUUGGAAUUAAAGUGGAACAGUUAGAAAUUGAUCAAAUUGAAAAUGCUGUUACAUUCUGUCCAUUGUUAAAAGAUCCAACAUCGUAUAAUCCAGACACAACAGACCUUGUUGAAGAUAAAGAAGCUAGAGAUUAUUGGCUUCACUGUUUUGAAGAAUCUGUGGAUAAAUUUGUUGCAAGAGCUAUUCUUAGCCAACCUCAAAAUCCGACAGCGAAAGACAGAGCAUCAAAAUUAAAAGAAAAAUAUAUAAAUAGAUUGCAUUACCUUAAUCUACAACCUUUUGCAUAUGGAAUUCUUACUGUAAGAACAUUGCUGGAUACUAUAGAACAUUGUAUGAAAGAAUUUGAUUUUCCAGAUCCUUACCUAUAUCAAAAAAAGAAGGAAAAUGAGGAGGCAUUAAAACAUUUGAAAGAUCGUAUAAUUGUAUUAGACAACUUAGAUGGAGUAGAAAAAUUAAGAGCCUUAAUAUUAGGAGUUCUUAGUGGUAAUAUGUUUGAUUGGGGUGCAAAAGAUGUUGCAACUUUAAUGGAAACUACAGAUUUUGGUUUUAAAGAAGCACAAGAAAAAAUACCUGGUAGACCAUGGUUAGUGGAUGAUUUAGAUGAAUGGAUACAUAGAUUACAAAAUGAUGCUCCCCAUAAAUGUGCAGCUAUUUUUGUUGAUAAUAGUGGAGUAGACAUUGUACUUGGAAUUCUACCAUUUACACGUGAUUUACUACAACGUGGAACCAAAGUUAUUUUAUGUGCUAAUUCUAUGCCAGCUUUAAAUGAUGUAACUUAUCCAGAAUUAGUUGUUAUAUUACGGGAUGCUGCUAAAAUUUGUAAAGUAAUUAAAGAAGGUUUAAAAGAGAAUAGAUUACUUGCCAUGGAGACUGGACAAGCUGGACCAUGUUUAGAUUUAAGCCGACUGAAUUUAGAUCUGUGCCUUGCAAUGGUCAAACAUAAUGUCGAUCUCAUAGUUAUCGUAGGAAUGGGUCGUACACUUCAUACUAAUCUUUAUGCUAACAUGAAGUGUGAAUGUUUAAAACUAGCAGUUAUUAAAAACCGGUGGUUAGCUCUCCGAUUAGGUGGUGAUAUGUAUGCUGUAAUAUGUAAGUAUGAAAAAGCACAAAAAAUAAAUUGUGAUAUAGAUUUAAAUAUAAUUGAACAACAAGUCUACUCUGAAACUCAUAAAAAAGCAGAUGCAUGUUCAUGUGUACGUAAAAAAAAAUCCACUGAAGAAUCAGCAUAAAAUGAUUAAAUAUAAUUUAAAAAUAUAAUUAUAGAAAUUAUCUAUCGAUUAAUUCAAACAAAAAAAAUAUGAAAUACUACUCAUUUAAAGCAUUCUGACUGAAUUAUUAGUAUUAUUUUAUUUACCAUUAUUUGACAUUUGUAACUUUGUACCAAUGAAAAACAAAUGUUAGUGAAGUUUUAAUAUGAAUCAAGAUUUAAAUAGUAACUGUAUAACUAAAUUUAUUAUGUUUAUUUAUCUUUUAUUUUGAAUAUAAUUUAGAUAAACUUAGAUUUACAGAAAUUAAGAAAUAUCUAAUUUUUCUAUUAUCUAUAUAAUUGUACAGUAAGAACUGUGUGACAAUAAUGCUUAUAAUGUUCUUGGUCUGUAUCUAUUUUAACAACUAUUUACUGUUUCAUUGAAAAUAUAAAUGUUUUUGAGAUUAUAACAGAAUUUAUAAGAUUAACAUUGCAUUAAGAACAUGCACUAAGAACAUUAAAAGAACAAACAAAUGAAAAAUUUUAAUAGUAUAAAUAAUAGCACUGAUAAUCAAGGUAGCAUUCUUCUAAUGCCCGAAAUUUGUUAUUAAAUAUUUUACCAAACAAAAUGGAUAUAUAAAAUUUAAUCAAUGAAAAGUGUAUAAUAUCACAUAGUUUGUUCAUAAAAAUUUUAUUAAAAAAAAGAAGCAAAAAAAAUAAAAUAAAACCACCAACUUAUUUUAACUAUUAUUUAUUAUAAGUAUAUUGUUUUUUUAUUAUUUAAAAAAAAUAUACAUCAUUUCUUAUGGGAAAUAAAUUUAUUUUGAUUUUGGCAAAUUUUUAAUUAAACAUUUAUGACAAUAAGCUAUCUUUUUAUAAAAUUUCACACAAUUAAUAUAAUUUUUAAAUAUAUUAUUCUAUAAUAUUCUAUAGGACAUAUGUAUAAAUAAAUUGGUAUGUAUUAUAUGUAAAGCAAUGUACAGUACACAUUUUGUGAUAAUGUAAUUAAGUAAAAUAGUAAUGUAUACUUUUACACUCAAAUAUCUAAAAUGAGGGAAACUAAAGAUAUAAAAAUAAUCUAAUUUAAUCUAAUCAUGUACUUUAUCAGUUUUGUAAACGAAUUUAUUAAUAUGUUGAAUUCAUGAUAAAUUUAAAUAAUAUAACAAGAUGUAGAAAACAUCACAUUUUUAUAUAUACACAGUUUUGUACAAACACAUAAAUUUAUGAACAAAACAAUUCUUGCAAAAAGGAAGAAAAAGUGUUAGAUAUAUUAAAAUAAGAGUAUUGCAAAAACAUUAAUAUUAUAUAAAAUAUCAUAUAUAAUAUACAAAAUUUCUAACACAGUAUUAGUAGUUGGUUCUAUAAAUAUACCUGUUAUUAGAUGAUGUAAAAAUUUUAUAAUAGAUUACAUGUAAUGUAACUAGAAACGUCAUUUUUGCCUUAUAUGAAAAAUUCAUCUAUCUAUUAAUUUAAUUAAAUAACACCAUUUGAAAAUUAUAUAAAGUUACACUUAUUGCGUUAUUUUUCAUUGGAUAAUAAUGAUUUUCUUAAACAACAAAUUUUCUAUAAAAUAAAAUAUUAUAUUGUCUAGUCUUUGAUUUAACUUUUUACAGAGUAAACAUUAGAUAUUAAUAACAAUGUCAAUAUUGUAUGAAACAAAUAUGAAAAUUGCCUUUUAUUUUUCUCUGAAAGCAUAUUAGUUUUU